CGCCCGCUCCUCUUCCUCCUCCCUCCCUCCUCCAUCUCACCCGCCCCUCUCACCGCCUUGUUAAUUUUUCGCCCCCGUCUUUGAACGCCGCGGCCUCCAUCUCCACCCCUCCCUGGCCUCCUCGCCCCCCUCCGAUCCCGCGCCCGCCUAUAAAUCCCGCCACCGCAGCCGCAGCCGCCGCAGCGGACCCCGCAAGCGCCCGCACAGCUCGCUGCUGCUUCCCCUCCCCGCCGCGCCCUGUCGUUCUCCCGUCGGCCCGGGGCGGAAGGGGGUUCUCGCGAGGCGGUCGGGCGGGCGGGCAGGCGGGGAUUGCUCGGGUCGGGAGCCCCCCGCGCGAUGGCGAAGCUGUACGUGCAGGCGUUCCCGCCCGCGGAUCUGAACAAGAACACCGAGUGGUUCAUGUACCCGGGCGUCUGGACGACCUACAUCCUCAUCCUCUUCUUCUCCUGGCUCCUCGUCCUCUCCGUCUUCGGCUGCACCCCCGGCACGGCGUGGACCGUCGUCAACCUCUUCCACUUCGCGAUCACAUACCACUUUUUCCAUUGGAAGAAAGGAACACCUUUUGCUGAUGACCAGGGAAUGUACAAUGCAUUGACUUGGUGGGAACAAAUGGACAAUGGCAAACAGCUUACUCGUAACAGGAAGUUCCUCAUUGUCGUUCCUGUAGUCCUGUAUCUGAUAGCUUUGCACACCACAGACUACCAACAACCUAUGCUCUUUCUCAAUACCCUCGCGGUUAGCGUGCUUGUGGUCGCAAAAUUACCGAAUAUGCACAAGGUUCGGAUUUUUGGAAUAAAUGCUGAGAACUAAGCAGCAGCAUCCUUCAGCAGACAUCUACCUAUAUGCUUUCUCAGAGUGGUCUGUAUGUUCCCCUUCUAGUGCUUAGUUGGGCUCAUGGGAGUACCAGUGAGUAGUGUUUAAAAGUUGUUAGCAGAUGGGCCUUGGUCGUUGUAUAGAGAAAUGCUCAGAGGCUGGAAAUGUGGCUGCUGUACAUUUGACGUGCACGGAUUCUGUAGACUCUUAAUGUUGCUAUAUGCUUUGUUGCAAGCAUCUGUCAGUUGCUACAUGUACAGUAUCAUAUUCUUCGAGAGCAAUAUUUCCUCAGCUACCAUAAAUCCAAGAUAGCAAUACUGUACUGCC